AUGGUGAUCAGCGGAUUCGAGUUCUACACCUCCAGAUCUAUCGACCCCGAGUUCAUCCCACGCAGCCCUGAUGAGGAGAAGACCAUCCGGCUGGCACUCCGCCACUCCCAGGAGGAGGCCACCCGACAACAGCGCUCAGACUCCUUUCAUUGGGAAUCCAUUGCGUCCGCCCAAAUGGCGCACGGAUCCGCUGUGAGCUUGCGGCCACAGUCGACCCCGGCAACUAGGAGCUUGACCAUCGGCCUCGUCAUCCUCGUCUACAUCGUCCCCGCCUCUGGAUCGAGGCCAAAACGCUGCCUCGCCGUCGCUAGCCUCCUGCAUCUCCAUCACGCCCGCCGCGUUUCGCCGUUCACCUGCGCAUCCUCGACCAGCCACGGCCGCCCCGAGCACGCCAUCGAGCUCCGCGUCGACCCUGUGGCGGCUGCCGAUACUGCUGUGAUCGACUACGUCAAUGACGACCCCUCCUUGUCUGAGCAAUCAGCCAGAUGGUGGAGCCAAGAAUCCAGACGCCACCUUCGACGACGACUACUACUACACUAAGGGUGCCUACUACUACAUGGAGGCCGCCAACGACCAGGAGUAGUUAGGAGGCUUCCGGGCAGGAGGCCUUACCUUUUCGAUCGUAGUUGCUUUUGUGCUAGCCUUCUUAAGGCAAAUUGGUUUAACUUAUGUCUGUACUCAGAUAUUGUUGCUUCUGCUGACUCGUUUGUAUUCGAGCUUAUGUAUUCGAGCCCUCGAGGCCUCUGGCUUGUAAUAUAAAGCUUGUAUUAUUUUAAUUUGUAUCUAGAGUUGUGUUGUGAUA